UUUUGCAAAAGAAUACACACACGGUGGUCUCUCUUCUCCUAAAACCCUAAUUCCCAUCCAACUCGCGGCUCCUUCUACUCUUCUUACACUCGAAUAGAAUGGCUGCCAACAACGUUGGUCUACCAGCUGGUGUCUCCAAAGAACAGGCCUAUGGCAUGGCUGCGACCGAGAUGGAAUACAGAGUCGAGUUGUUUAACAGGCUUCUUAAUACAUGUUUCAACAAGUGCAUUGACAGAAGGCACAAGGAUGCUGAGCUAAACAUGGGUGAAAAUAGUUGUGUUGACAGAUGUGUUUCAAAAUACUGGGCGGUGAAUGGUAUCAUUGGCCAGAUGCUUAGUGCUGGUCAACGUCCAAUGUGAAACUCAGACCUGCUCGGAUAUGAAAUUUGUUCUACAUGAAUACAUGUUACAUGCGCAGAGGAAGGGGACUAAAAAUCAUUUUGUUAUGAAAUUUGUUCUACAUGAAUAUAUGUUACAUGCGCAGAGGAAAGGGACUAAAAAUCAUUUUGUUGUCAUUUUUCUCAUCUCUAAUCUAUGAUGUCAUCUUCAUUUGCUUAAGAAUUAAUUGCAGUUCUUUCUCUGUCGUUUAGCUUUUACUUCAAGUAAGAUUAAUUUUUUGGCCUUGGGUUCUUACUGAUGAGAGUUCAUCUUAUUCCUCUAGUACAACAUCUGUGUCAUUUACAUGUUAAAUUUGUUGCGUAAUGCUGAGUUAUUAUUGGCAGUUUUUGGUGCAUGAAUUAAUAUUGCGUAAUGAAUGUUAAUUGAACAUUACUCAACUCCUCUGUUUAAUGUUACAUCUUACCUCAUUUGGUGAAA